CCUCCUCCUCCUCAGCCUCCUCUCCUCCUCCUCCCCGCCGCCCGCCCCUCGCACUCCGCUCCCCGCUCCUCGCAGCCCGCAACACCGGCCCGGAGCGCAGCGCGGGGCCGGGGGCCGCCCCGGGCCGGGCCAGUGCCGGUACCGGGGCCGGUGGCGGUGCCGGUGCCGGAGCUGUCCAGUGCUGAAGGCUCCGGCCCGGCCCCGCCAUGCCCCGCUCCUUCCUGGUGAAGAAGCUGAAGGCGGACGCGUUCCCUCUCGCCGGGGCCCCCGCGCCCCCCUACGCCCCCCUGGAGCCCCCCUACGCGCUGCCCGGCCCCGCUGCCGGAGAUGGGUACCUGCAGCACUGCCUGGCUCCCGCCGGCUACAACCCCGACAAGAAGCAGGGGCUGCCGCCGGCACCACCAGACCCGGCCUACGCUCCCAGCCAAGAGGAGUACAGCGAUCCCGAGAGCCCCCAGUCCACCUUCUCCGCCCGCUACUUCAAUGGGGAGGCGGCGGUGACGGACAGCUACUCCAUGGACGCCUUCUUCAUCACUGACGGGCGCUCACGUCGACGCGGGGAGAGCCAACGCCGCGGCAGCCAUCGCCACUCCUGCCCCGAGUGCGGCAAGACCUACGCCACCUCCUCCAACCUCAGCCGCCACAAGCAGACCCACCGCAGCCUGGAUAGCAAAAUGGCCAAGAAAUGCCCGACCUGCGGCAAGGCGUACGUCUCCAUGCCCGCCAUGGCCAUGCACGUCCUCACCCACAACCUCAAGCACAAGUGCGACGUGUGCGGCAAAGCCUUCAGCCGGCCCUGGCUGCUGCAGGGCCACAUGCGUUCGCACACCGGGGAGAAGCCCUUUGGCUGCUCUCACUGUGGGAAGGCCUUCGCCGACCGCUCCAACCUGCGCGCCCACAUGCAGACCCACUCCGCCUUCAAGCACUACAAGUGCAAGCAGUGCGAGAAGACCUUCGCCCUCAAGUCGUACCUCAACAAGCACUACGAGUCCGCCUGCUUCAAGGGCUCCGAACACAGCUGUGCAAUAGGGAACUAGUCCCCGUGCUCCCCUUCCCCCCGCCCCCACCGCAGCCCCCCACCACCUCCACCCCUCCCCAUCCUGAUGCCAGCUGCCGUUAUGGGGCUGGAGGAUGCUUCCCACAUCUCCCACACCCCUAAAUACAAAGGAGCCCCCGGCCCCUAGGAAGGGCUGGAUGCAGUCCCCGCAGCCAGGCAGGUCUCUCUGCAGGGACUGCCCCGGGAGCAUCGCCUGCACCCGGGUCAGACCUUCCCCAGCUCUUGAUGCUCACCCUUAUUUAUUUAAUUUAUUCCUAUUAUUUAUUUAGAGCUGCUGCUUCUCCUCCCAGGAACCGCCGGGGAGAAAAGACACUCACCCGGUCCGUAACAAGGACAGCACCACGGGGCGAAGAGCCAGGCAGGACUGACGGACCCCUCCCUCCCCGCUGCCCCCUCCCACAUGGGCACAGCCCCUGGGGCAGAACCCAGACCCGAGCCCUCAGCCCCUAUUGGGCUGCUCCCAUCCCCUCUCCCCCCUGGCCCAACCCCAGGCCCCUCUGCCCUCCCCCCUCGCACACCCCGGGAAGGGGGUCAGUGGUGCCGCAGAUCCCGGGUGAGUCUAUUGAAUUGAUGCUCUUAUUUAUAUUAUUUAUUCCUUCUGCUUUUCACUAUUUAUUUGCCAAGAUCGGAGGCGGAUCGCCGUGCCGGGGACACAGCCACGGGGACACAGAUGGGGACACAGCCCCCAAGAGACACAACCCCACACCGCCAGGUCCCGCUCUGCUCCCUGCACUGGGACGAAGCAGCGAUUCUAUGCAACCCCCGUCCCGCAGCGAGCCGCUCCUACCUCGGGCCUCGGCACGCAGGGGCUCAGCCCGGCUCUCUCUUUGCAGUCUUCCUGCUCCGUCUUCCUCCCACCGCAGUCUUCCUCCCGUCGUGCCCGUGGCUCCCAGGGUCGCUUUGAGCCCCGUGGGCAACCCGAGCUGCAGCACCUCGGGGCUGCCCCGUGUGUUAUACUGUACAUAGAGGAUAACCACAGCAAUAAUUUUUUCCGUGCAUGAUCGCUUUUCUUUUUCUGCCAGGUUUUGUAUUGGACAGGCCGCGGUAAGAGGAGAACCGACCGCCCGCAGUAUUACUUGUAAUGCAAUUCAGGGAUAUAAAAGGGACUUCUGCCACUA